GGGGGGGGGCCGGAGGGGCGGGGGGGGGGCUGCAGGAGUGGGGAGUCAGGCUCUGAGUAGGGUGGAUGGUUAAAAAGUAUCCAUUCUCCAGAAGAGGAUUCAAGAUCAACACUCAAGGUUCCAAAAUGUCAAAAGAGAUGCAAGAACUACAGAAACAAUGGCACUCCAUGAUGCAAACCAUCCACACCAACUCCAAUGUUGUUGCUUUUAUGAAUUCUCGGGUUGGUCAGUACUUAGAUGAUCAUCCUUUCGUCGCCCUAUCACUAUUGGUGUUUAUUGCAGUAUCAUCUAUUCCUGUUGCAUUCUUUCUGAUAUUUGUGGUUACAACAGCAAUAGUGGCCUGUAUGGGUGUUAUAGUAAUGGAAGGUGUUGUAAUAUCAGUAGGUGGCAUAGCCCUUCUUUGUGUGCUGUGUGGCUUGGGUGUCGUCUCAUUGGCAGUUUCUGGAGUACUGAGUAUUUGCUACAUGGCCUUUUCAACUCUAAUCAACUACUGGUAUACACCAAACAGCGUGGUAAAGAAGCAAGAAGCUAAUGGAAACAGUUUGCUCCAGAGUAGUCCUCCUGUUUUGGACCCAUCUGACAAGAACAUGAAGAGCGAAUGAACAGGAUUUUCCCAGCUUCCUGCCUCCCUUGAUAUGCACUUACUCAUACUGUUCUGAAUUGUAACGUUGUGUUUAUCUGUCAAAUACUUGAGCUUUGUGCAUUUACAGAAAUUGAGACUCAGUAUGCCUCUUCUGGGUGUGUCUAUAAAACGCAUAGUAACAAUAUCUUAACCUAUAGGCAAUACACUGUCAUAUUAAGUGUGCAGGGAUGGUGAGAAAUCUUGCAAAUACACUACAAGCAGAGCUAUUCUUAGGGUAAAGCAAAUUGGGGUGAUUGCUCCAGGCCCUGCACUUUGGGAAGUGGCAGGUUGGUUCCAGAAAUGACGGAUUUGUCACUUCCUUCCCAGACCCUGCACCUCCUAGGAACAUCUCUGAUUGCAGGGUCCAAUCCUGUUGCUAUAAAAGCAAUAAUUGCAACUAAAAUUGUGGCAAUGUUGUGCAAGGAACAACUGUGUGUUUUAGAAUUCUCAGAUAGGGAAUGACCUGACUGCUGCAGUUUGAUGUUUUUACACUGGGGAAACAGCAAAACAAAGUAACUCCUGGUUGAAUGUUGGAAAACUAUUUUCAAGCCUUAACAGUGGUUAUCAAAAUAUAUGUGUGGUAAAGUAUUAAGCCUGCACCAUGUUAUACAAUACCUUGUUAGUAAACCAAGGUAAAGGAAGUUUUCCUAUGCACUAGUAAUCAAAACCUGUGGUACCUAAACUGUGGAGUGGGCCUUCCUAGAGGGAUGUGGAGAAACAUAUUAGGGGCUACAACAGGGCCCAGGUCACCCUCCAUAGGAGCACAACCCAACCCUACUUAGCCCUCAGUUUCACUCCUGGCACCAGCUUUCACCAUGGCCCCACUCCCAUCUGUGGCUCUAGCUGUAGCUUUGGCCCUGGCCCCAAUCCUGGCCCCAGCUCUUCUACAGCCCCUGAUCACUACUAUGGUCCCUGAUGCAGUGUUGGUGUCAUUUCUGACUAUGUAGCCUAGCCACAGCCUAGCCACAGCCUAGCCUCCAGACCCCUGCCAUAGCUCUGUCCCUGCUCCUAGCUUUUAACUCCUCACUGCAACUCUGGGGUGAGGGGGGGCAAGAGGGUUUAUCAGGUAAGGAGGGAAUGUGAGCAAAAAGUUUGGGGGACAAUUGAUCUAAACUCUUAACUAUUCUGAUAAGUUAUUUGGAAGGCAUACAUGUCAUGUUCCAUUCCUCAAGAAAUGCAGGUUAGGGGCUUAGUGUUUCACCUUAUGUACUUGUGUGUUUUAAACAAUCUCUUUGCUUACUAAUUUUCACUCUCCCACUGUGUAACUUUUUGGGGGAGGGGCAAAUAUUAAACAUCUCUGCUUAAGUGGUAACUCCCUGUAUUGCAAAGAUAUUUUGUUUAAUAAAGUGCUAUUUGUUUA